AUUUAGUUUGAUGUUAAAGAUUGGAACUUGCUAUAUUUAAAGCAAGAAGUCCAUAGCCUCCUCUGCACAAGUUACUCUCUUUUCAGUCAAAAAGCAAAAAGCUUCCCUUUUUCUUUCUCAAGCACUGCAUAGGACUAAAAGCUUUUUCAGCCAAGCUCUCCCAGUUCACUCAUCAUGGCAAAGAUGACACCAGCAAAAAGCCCUAUGCCGAAAAGUCCUAUGCCGAAAAGUCCUAUGCCAAAAAGCCCUAUGGUAUGUGAGAAGUACGAGACAGGCUGUAUGUGGCAUUUAUAUGGCCUCUUCAACUUCCGUCAAGGUCAUUCUAAUAAGAAGCGGCUUUCACAUAAGAGGCAUACAAACAGACUGGAUGAUGGAAAUUUUAAGACCAAGCUUGAUUUGCUUAACAAAAUGGACGAGAAGGGCCAAAGCAUGGAUGAUAGAAUGAAGAACAAAACUCAGACAGUUGAUUCUGAUGUGGCAAGUAAAAGAAAGCUUAAGGGAGAAGACUUGUCCACUGAGCCGCAGAUGAACAAGAAGUUUGCUAGUGAUGAAGGGGAAGAUAUACCAUCUAAUUCCAAAUUUGUUGGUCAUUUACCAAAAAACAAUGGAAAGACUACCAAAACUCGUCAGAGAUCCCAUGAAGCUAAGCAUCAAAAACAUUCUAAUUCAGUUUUGGUGGAAGAACCUUUGAAUAAGCUCAACUCUGCAGCACUGCCAGAAGUAUCUAGCAAAGAGGUACAUAGCAAAAACCGACGAGGAUGCGGUUGUAAAAGUAUUGAUACCGUGAAGCAUGACCAGCUUAAUGAGAUUAAUCUUGUGCCAGUACAGCUGAAUGCAGCUGAGGCCAUCAUAAAUCAGAAAUUCGUUGAUGGGGUGAACCACCAGUCUAAACAAUUAUUAGAUGCAUUGGAAAUUUUGAAUUCGAAUAAAGAGUUAUUUCGAAAACUCCUACAAGACCCAAAUUCUCUGCUAGUCAAACACAUCGAAGACCUCCGAGACUCUCAGUCAAGAACACAUCAGAGUAAAUCUCCCUGUGAAGCCAACGUCUCAGAAUAUCGGACAAGCAAAGCAAGGCAAUCUGAAGGUCCUUCCAGUAUUCACACGUUGAAAUCCUGUGAUAUCUACCCGUCUCAGGAAAAUGGUGAGUCCGAGUUUCCAGAGAGAAUAAUAGUUUUAAAACCUGGCCCACCAAGCUUGGAAAUUUCUUCAGAGAGUAUCAAUACCUCUAUGCAAAGCUUGAGAAAUAAUGGGCAGAGUGACAGGCCUGCAAAUUCUUCCUUUAGCCGUAUAAAGAGGAAACUGAGACAUGCUAUAUCGGAGAGCAGAAAAGAGCAGCACUCCAAGUCAAUCGAUGGUACAUUAAAUACAUCUCCCUGCCAAAGCACAGGAGAUGAUUGUAAAGGAAAGGGUACGAAGAUCAUUAGAAGCAAUUCACCUAGUGUUGAUGGUGGAGGAGUGACCAAGUCUUCUCUUGAUAUCAAGAAAAAAGAAAACAUAGGCAAGGUGAAACAAUGUGAAUCAAGUAUUGGACGCGAAGCUGCAUCAACCAGUGGAAGUGGUCUUGGAAACUCAAACAUUUCGCUUGUUAGCCAACCCAAGCGAGAGGAAUCUGAAACUUCUGUGGAGGCUGGGAAACAUCUCUUAGAAUUGUUAAACAAUGGGAACAAGGAGAAGAGCUACUUUGAAAGGCAGGCACAAAAAACAUGGGGAAGUGUGAUGUCAUUUCCUGAGUAUGACUUCUUGCCUACAUGUAAUCUGGUAAGGGACUGGGAAAAUAGGUUUCUUAAUGAGCACAUGACAUUUUCACCCUACGGCAAUUGCCAAAUGGUAUAUGAGAACAAGUGGAGGCUUCAUAAAGAAAAGAAAGCCAGCUACUCAAGUCCAUUGAGUCAGGACGUAGAGGUCCUGCCUGACAAUAAGAAACUUGAUGAUCAAUUGCAAGUUUUUGAUACACGGCAAAAUAACUCAGAUUAUCCUUUUACUGACAUCACUGUGCUGGGAGCUAUUUCAAGCCCUAAAGGCUGUGUUCAAAUUGUAGAGAAUGAUAACACCUUGCACCAAAGAGAAACUAGUUCUUUAGAAGUGCCUUCCGAAUCUGAAAGCGCAGACAAAUUUGAUACCAUAAAAGCUAACAAUACUAUCCGCCCAGGAGAAACUAAUUAUUUGGAAGUUCUAUCCAAACCAGAUUGCACGGAGAAGACCAAUACCACAGAGACUAGUGAUACUUCAUACCAAGGAGAAACUCAGCAUUCCGAAAUACUGACUGAACUAGACAGCACAGACAAGGCUCUUGAUCAGAGCUCAGAAACAACCAACAUGUACGAUGAAGAGGAGUAUUUUAAGAGAUCCAGACAGCCAUUAACAUCUUCACCGGAUGUUUUUCAAUCAAGCCCUUCAAGUAUUCAGAGAGUGGAAGAUUCUGAUUGCAUCAAAGAUAAAGGAGAACAGCCAAGUCCAGUUUCUGUACUUGAGCAGUUUUUUGUAGAUGCCACCAGUUCUGCAAGCACCAUAUCUGAACCUGCUGAAGAGCACCAUUCUGCUCUUCUUGUGAAGUCCCCUUUGGAACCCGAAACCUCUUCUUUGAAUGAACAUGAAUAUAUCUCUGAGUACGUGAUGGCCGUGCUGCAAGCUUCUGGCUUGAAUUGGGAUGAGCUCUCGAUGAUGUGUCAAUCAGCCGAUCGACUGCUUGAUCCAUUCUUGUUUGAUGCAGUAAAGUUGCAGCCUAACCAAUUCCAUGGUGAUUGUAUGCUCCUCUUUGACUGUAUAAAUGAAGUCCUUGUCGAGGUAUAUCAGACUCAUCUUCCAUGCUCCCCUUGGGUGUCAUUUAUCAAGCCAAAUGCCAGAAGAAAACUUUGCAUUGAGAAAACUGUGAUUCAUGAAGUGAUGAAGUCUGUGCAUCCAUCACCACAUACAACGCAGCAAAUUGUUGAAAAGGACAUAGCACAGUCUGGAAUGUGGCUGGAUAUCCGAAAUGAUGUUGAGGAGACUGUUUUUGAGAUAGUAGAAGAUGUUUUAGAAGGGCUGAUCAUGGAAACCACAUUUUAGCGGCUCUUCUGAAAAUUUGUAUAUUGCUAUAUAGCUGUGCUUUGGUCUGCAUUGGACCAAGGAAAUCAGGGCAAGCUUGGGUAGGUUAGACCAACUGGUUUUAAGUCACUUAAGAAAUGUAUUUGGACAAUUUGAACAAAUCAUGCAAACACAAGGUUACUACAUGGGGAGCUGGUAUCAGGAAGCUUCUUGCAGAUGUGCAUAAGAUCGUCAUGGGGUACCCUUGGAUCAAUUGUAAGGCUCAAAUUUUGCGUAUACUCUGUACAGUUUAUAUUAAACUUCUGAUAGCUACUAAUUAUUGGCUCAUGAUCC